CACGAGUCACGGCGCGGUGCAUUGUGGGAAAACACGUGUAGCAGGACCGUGGACUGUGUGAAGCGGAGCAGUGGGUUUUCGGAGACGCUGUGACUUCUGCCAACAUGUCGUCUAAGAAGAAGAUGGACGGCGACGAUCGCUUCCUGCGGGUGCAGAAGGAUCCCAGGUUCUGGGAGAUGCCCGAGAGAGAGCGCAAAGUCAAGAUCGACAAGCGCUUCCAGUCCAUGUUUCACGACGAGCGCUUCAAGGUGAAGUACACGGUGGACAAACGAGGCCGUCCCAUCAACCACACCUCCACAGAGGACCUGAAGCGCUUCUACAAACUGUCCGACUCGGAGGACGAGGAGGCGGCCGAGGGCAAGAAGAAGACGAAGAAGAAGAAAGCGAAGGCCGAGAGAGAAGUGACGGAAGGACGGAAACCUGAAGGAGUUGAACGAGGAGUCCGAGUCAUUGAACAGGAUGAAGAGGAUGAGGAGCAGCAGUCUGCAGAGGAGGGCGUUGUUGACGAUGACAUCACCGGCAGCAGCGAGGAGGAGGACGAGGAUGCAGAGGAGGGCAGCGGGUCAGACGAGGAGGAGUCGGGUCUGGAGUCAGAGGACGACAGCGACAGUGAGCCGGAUCUGGCCAGAGGGAAGGGCAACGUGGAGACCAGCUCGGAUGAAGAUGACGACGAAGACGUGGACGCCAUCCUGAGGAAGGAGGAGGAGCAGAUCGAGCACGACUGGGGAGAGCUGUGCAAAGACGCUCGGCGAAGUGACGAGGUGUCCACCCGGCUGGCCGUCUGCAACAUGGACUGGGACCGGAUGAAGGCCAAGGACCUGCUGGCUCUGCUCAACUCGUUCACGCCUCACGGAGGAGCCGUGCUGUCGGUGAAGAUCUACCCGUCAGAGUUUGGGAAGGAGCGGCUGAGCGUGGAGCAGACUCAGGGGCCGCUGGAGCUGAGAGCGCUGCCCGACGACUCGGAGGACGACACCGAGGAGGAGAGGGUUUACAGGGAGAAGAUGCGCGACUACCAGUUCAAGCGCCUCAAGUAUUUCUACGCUGUGGUGGAGUGCGACUCGGUCAACACGUCCACCAAGAUCUACGAGGAGUGUGACGGCUACGAGUACGAGAGCAGCUGCUCCGUCCUCGACCUCCGUUUCAUUCCCGACGACGUGACGUUUGACGAGGAGCCCAAAGACGUGGCGACGGACGUGAACCUGUCGGCCUACACGCCCAAACUGUUCACCUCGUCUGCCGCCGCCACCUCGAAGGUGCAGCUGACGUGGGAUGAAACCGACCACGAGCGCGUGACGGCCCUGAGCAGGACGUUCAACAAGCACGAGCUGCUGGACAUGGACUUCAACGCCUACCUGGCCUCCUCCAGCGAAGAGGACGAGGAGGGAGAAGAAGACGGAGGGCAGGAGGGUGCAGACGACGCCAACGCAGCAGAGGAAGAGCUCGUCGUGGAGCGCAAACCCCGAGAGGAGGACGGGAAGAAGAAGAAGAAGAAGAAGAGCGACGAGCAGAUCUCCAAGUACAGAGAGCUGCUGAAAGGCAUCCAGGACAAGGAGAAGAAGCUGCAGGAGGACAAAGACAUGGAGAUGGAGAUCACCUGGGUGCCAGGCCUCAAGGAGACGACGGAGCAGCUGGUGAAGAAGAAGCUGGAGGGCAAAGAGCAGCUGACGCCCUGGGAGGAGUUUCUGCAGAAGAAGAAGGAGCGGAAGAAGCAGAAGAAGUCCGACAGGAAGCAGGGUUCCGACGUGGAGCAGCUCAGCGAUGACGAGCUUCCUCCGGACGUCGACCUCAGCGACCCCUUCUUCGCCGAGGAGCUCAGCGCUGCAGAGCUGAAGAAGAAGAAACAGAAGAAGAAGAAGAAACAGGAAGCGGAGCGGACGGCCGAGGAGCAGGAGGAGCAGGAGAAACAAAAGGCUGAGAUGGUUCUGCUGAUGGAGGACGACGCCCACGAAGCCAAACACAAACACUUCAACUACGACAAGAUCGUGGAGCAGCAGAACCUGAGCAAGAAGAAGAGGAAGAAGCUGCUGAGGAAAGGCGAGGAGCCGCUGGACGACGACGACUUCCAGGUGGACGUCUCAGACCCUCGUUUCCAGGCCAUGUUCACCUCCCACCUGUUCAACCUGGACCCCUCCCACCCCAGCUACAAGAGGACCAAGGCCACGCAGAGCAUCCUGGCCGAGAAGCAUCGCAGACGGGAGGAGGAGGAGCAGCGCCGCACCGAGGACACGCUCGCCGCUCAGAAGGCCACGCCCACACAGGCGCAGCCCGCCGCCGCCGCCGAACAGGAAGCAGCAGGAAAGAGACGCCAAAAUGACUCUGAGGCUCCGAGGAAAGCGAUGGACCCGAGUCUGUCGCUGCUCGUCAAGUCGAUCAAGAGCAAAACGGAGCAGUUUCAGGCUCGGAAGAAGCAGAAGCUGCUCUAGCGUCUGCGUUUCCACAAAUAAGACUGACGGACGGACAGACGCCUCCUGGUGGAGGCAGGUAGGCGUCACCUGGAUCCGCCUCCUGGUGGAGGCAGGUAGGCGUCACCUGGAUCCGCCUCCUGCUGCCUGGGAGCAGGAACACAUGACAGGAGUAACGGGACUCAUGGGGAUGAGAGGUUUUAUUACUACAGCUGUGUAUUCAACAUUUCUGCUUCACAUUAAAUUAAUUUACCAACAAAA